UGUUCGCUUACGGUACGAAAUAACGGUUUAUGCUACAUGUGACGCUAGAUUUUUUUACGCUGUUGCGGUCGGGUGCAUCUUUGCCCUAUUGUGGACUUCCUUUUUUUUAUAAAUUGCGUGCGAAAACGGCGGGAAAAUCAUAAAUUGUGCGAUAUUUUAAUGUGUUCUGCUUCACAGGAGUGUAUGUAUGCAUGCAUACAUAGAUAUACACGUUGUUUAAAGUCUAAAACCUAAUGUGAACCAAAACUAUUAAAUCUUAAAAUUUUGAUAAAAAAAACUUUCCAUUAUGAAAUGUGCUCACGCAGACGUAAUGCGAUAGAAAGCAACGAGUAUGAAACCAAAAACUACAACAAAGUAAAAGUAGCUAAGAUAAAGCAAAUGUAAUAGAAACAUCUAAAAAUAUGCUGUAUAGAGAGUAAGCAGACAACCACCACAAAUCUUGGCUAACCAAACACCGUCCGGAGUUUACUUUUUAUCUGAAUAAAUAUAUGUAUGUUUAAGGACACAUUUGAAAUUACUUCCUCGAUUCAACAAAUUUUAGUAAUGUUUUGACUAAGACAAACUUGAAAACAAACAGUAAAGCUGUGGUGAGUUCAUAAAUAUUGAAGCUUGGCAAAAUCAAAAGAGAAGAGCUCGGAUUCAUCAACACAUAAAAAAUUAGAUUACGGCUAUUGUGUGGCACAUAGAGACCACGCUGAGUUUAACAAAAAUCAUAAUCAAAUACAUUCGAGUUUUUAAGUGCUGAUUUACAAAACUCAUAAAGUAACCCCAAACAAUUUUCACCGAAACACAUAGAGUACCUGCACCUUUAUUACGGGUCGAAUCCUCUCUCACGGGCGCAUUGAAACCGACCAUGGAAAUUGAUGUUAAUCUGCGGAAAGCAAGUGCCAUCGAACUGAUGACCAUUUCAGCAGGCUCCUAUAGUAUCAACAACAAACUUAACAACAACAACAGCACAUCAUCAUUUGCCGUGCGUCCGGUAGUUUGUGGCUCCCCUCCCUCUCGUCGGAUUGGUUGCUGUGGUAUUCUCGGCCGGCUGAUCUUCGCUGGUGGCGCCAGCACAGCUAAAACGGGCAGUGCUGACUAUCAUAAUUUCAAUAGCCUUCCCAUCGUCGGAAAUCAACAAACUUUACACGCGACUGCUCCGGCCCCACUUUGCGACGCGACUGUUGUUUCGUCGGUAUGCAAGGCAGGUAACACGUGCCGUCCGCAGUCACGUCGUACGCCCCAGGAAGUCUAUUUCGAGAGUCGGGGAAAGUCCUGCAAGAAACUUCUCAAAUUCAAUGGCUACUCAAAUAAGAUUCUCCUUUAUCCGGAAGAGGGUUGGGCGCGGACCGCCUCCUCCAGCUACUGGACUAUCACGCCUUGUUGGUGGCAGCCAGGUCGUUGUCGCAUCGAAGAGUUCACCGGCACACAACGCCAGUCGACUAAAGCAAAAAUGGUGCCGCUCGAACAGAAAGGUUCGCUUCUCAUCGCAGGGCACUUUCAUGGCAAAAAGACUGCGUCCGGUAGUUCGGUAGGCGGCAAAACCUGCCUUGACUGCGCCGAUGGUAGUGCCGCAAGUGCCGACAGUGGCAAGGAAAAGGAUAUUGACGAAUUCAAAUUGUAUCUGACCUCAAAUAUAUCAAUGGAGGACUACAAUAUGGGCUACUGUCUGACUGGGUUCGUGGAACGCCGAUGUCAGCACACCAAUGCUUAUCAAAUGACCCACUUCGCCGUCAUCAAACGGCAAUGGCCGUCCAUUAGCAGCGCAGAUGCAAAGUCAACAACAAGAAAUCAAUGACGACUAUGACAACAAAUAAAUUGAUGAUAAAGAAUUAGUGAACUUUUGAUCAAAAGAGUGAAUUAUAUAUUUUGUGUAGUUUUGCAAGUGCAUAAUUAAAACUUUUACUUAUACGCGUAUACGUAUUCGUAUGUAUGUAUGUAUAGUAUAUUUACAUAUUGCUUUUUAUGUAUGUGUGUUAGCAUCAAAGCUUGACAAGUUUGGCUUAAGCAUUAAUAUAUUUUCCUAUGUAAUUACGUAUGCUUACGUAUUUUCAUGUUAAUGCAAUUUGUAACGUGUUUAUUGUAUAACUGUAGGCGUUUUGUGUAAUUUUAUAGCAAAUAAAAAAAUCAAUUUAAAAUGUAAUAAACAUCCAAGAACUUGCAAAACAUGCAUUCAGUGUCAGUACCUGCAAAUAUUCAGAAUAUAUUUAAAUAAAAAAGUUGUAGUGUAAAAUUUAACGCGCUGUUAAAUUAAUAUAUUUAUGUAAUUAAGUCUUGUAUACGUGUUUAUGUAUAUGUAUUUCAGUAGGAAUGGCAGUUAGUCCACUCGCAGCUGGAAGCAGCAUUCCCGCUUGAAGGCAAUUACAAUUUUUGUUGGUAAUUAUCGCGAAAAAGUAAAAAAAAAAAUGUCUCCUUAUGUUGAUUGUUCUUGAUUUUAUUAAAUUGCCAGAAGGCAGAGCCUGCUUGGCGAUACAAAUUCAAGACGAGUCCUCCAUUUUUUUAUCAUCUCAAUCUCAGCCUGCUUUUCUUUAUUCAUUCUGAAUGUUUGGAAUAAACUUUUUUGUUUACUUAUUUUUUAGAACGUUCCUGAUGGUACGUUAACGUAUAUUUCAAAUACAUUCUGUUUAUUUCGGCUGUGAAAUGGGAUUAUCCGGAAUGUAUAAAGAAACGCAGCCUCAGUAUUUAUACAGAAUCGGUAUACAACCUCAAAGAAACAUUGUAAAUUGAUAUCUUAUAUAGCUUCAAAGUUUACUUUAUAAAGUCCGCUGUUUUGUGUAUGUUUGGUGGCGAGCUCGCGGAAAUAGUUACGGAUAAAACUAACUGCAAAAGCAUAUUAUGAAUAGUUUUUUAAGUUUAUCCGAAAUCAGAAGCACAAACAUCAUUCAAAUAUAUCGGGAAAUGUUAAACCACUAGUAGCCAUGACUGAAAAAAAUUAAAGCUGAAGAAACAUCGAUGGGAACAUCGAUAAAUCGAUGUUUUUGUAUGAGCUGCUGACAUCGAUGUUUUUGCAAAUUGCAACCCCUGGUGCGUAAACAGGUAAAUCAGUUCCAUUCGCUUAAACAUUUUCGAUAAAAUUUUAUUAAUAUUCGUGAUUUAAGACAUUAACUAUUGAAUUGCGGUGGUGUUGGAGACUUGAAGUAUUGAAGUGAGUAAAGACCGAGGACAAAUAUUUUCUUGUCAUAUAGUUUUAUAUGAGCAAAUAGUUUCAUGGGUUAACGAUUCAAUUUAGUCUAGCCCUUAAAGGGACAAAAGCGUUAUACAUAAUUUGAUAUAUUGAAAUUAGUUCAUAAGUCAGCAAAAAUCUUAAUAUUCUUAAAAUUUAGUCAUCGACCUUUUUCUUUCAAACAUCGAAAACAUCGAUGUUACCAAACAUCGUUUCUCCAGCUCUAAAAAAAAAUUACAAACUGCCGAAACAGACGAGUGUAAAGUAUGCGAUUUGAAGGAUACAAUUUUCAACCCUUGCAUCGCAGCUUUAAUAAUUUAAAUAUAUUAGCAACCAUAAAAAUUCAAAGGAAAAUAUUUUACCGCAGAUCAAUUGGAACAAUGUAAAAGGACAAAUUUUCAAAUUUUUCGUAACAGUUGCGAUCCUAAUCAUAAUGAAGACACUUCUGACGAAGAAAUUGUGAUAUCGGAUCCUAGUAAUCUCUGGGAAUCCCAUGAUAAAUCUGCAAAAUUGAAAUAAACGUAUAUUUAAAUCAACCAAUUCUUCUUCUUAGUGUCAAAAUAUUCCAUUAUUGGAAUUUUAAAGGUUGCGAAAAAUUGUUUAACUGCGCCACCAACGAGUGUGGCUAGCGAACAAUUAUUUAGUACAGUUGGUCAGCUGUAACCCCAUAAACGAUCAAAUCUCUUAGGAGAAAAUGCAGACACGCUUCUUUUUUUGGCAUAUAACAACAAGCUUUUUAAUUUUAUGAAACUUACUUCAAGUCUUUAAAAUGCUUUUACCGUUUAUAGCCCAAUUCUGUAUCGGUGACAAAAAUUUUUUUACUGACAAAUUUAAAAUUUUUCAUAGAAGUAUUUUUCCAUUUAUAAAACUGUGACAAGAGUUUGUCACUGAUACAGAAUAGAGCCGUAAGACUGCACUUUUUUGCAUUUUUGAUUUUGUUUUCAACUAUGUAUGAUUGUAUGGCGUUCCUUUUAUUUGAAAAACAAUAAAAAUAACUUGUUACGAAAUAAAAAAUCACACACUUGUUAUUUUUAAAACGUAAAACUUAAUUUUAAUGUACGACUUCGGCUUCGGUCGGGAACUAGUUAAGAGUAUUGAUUGUUUUAGCCGUUUAUUUUAUUUUCGUAUAUUUUGAAUUACCUUUCUAAAUCAUCAGCUUGCCCGCAAUCUCAGCAGAAGCGUAUGUUUCUCUGCUGCCUGGGUAUACAUCUGCAUGUACAUUGUUUGUAAUAUUCAGUUACCACGGUUGACAUGAAUGUUUCCAAAAUCAUUUAAAAAUAUGUAUGUAUAUACAAUAGUGGUAUUCUGUAAGUUUUGCAAAACCUUUGCACCGUGCAAGGAUUGCACUGUUGAAUUGGUUUUCCAAUAAGAAAAAUUUGCGAACCGUGCAAUGCGUACACCGUUCAAGGAUUUUGCAAAAUUUAGUGAAUACCCUUAAUGCUGAUACAUUUCAAUAUUUAGCUAUUUGUUAUGCAAAUUUUUGUACUUCGGAUGCAAAUUAUGUAUGCACUUUUAUAACAGUACAAUCAAUAAGCUUAUAUUUUUUUCUAAUUCAUUGUAUUUCUUACCGCAUACAAAAAAAAUCAAAGUUAAAAUUUUGUACAAAUAGACGCAAAUGUACAUCCACAAGAGCUUCUUAAAUGCAUACAAAUAAGGAAAAAUUAAUAAAAUGUAUAAAAAAAAAGAUUUAUUUAUACACCCAACUUUAAUUACAUACCAAAAAAUUAAGAAAUAAAAUCAAAUACAUGCAUACAUAUUUUACCGCAUAAAGAACAAAAUAGUUUGCGAAAAUUGAUUUAAAAAAACAUACAAUGUAUCAAAAUAAGAUAGUAGAAAAAUAAAUAGAGAAAAAAUACGUUCCCAUUGCAAAAUGCCAUGGCAAACUGUGUAUAAUGGGAUUAACGUUAAGCUCAUAAA